GCCCGACUAGGGAGGCAGUGAAGAAAGCAAUCGGGAUGAGUAAGGACACCUCGGCUCGAAAUGGACCCCAACUACUCCCACCCCACUGGUGGCUCCUGCACCUGUGCUGGCUCCUGCAAAUGCAAAGAGUGCAAAUGCACCUCCUGCAAGAAGAGCUGCUGUUCCUGCUGUCCUGCGGGUUGUGCCAACUGUGCCCAGGGCGGCAUCUGCAACGGGGUGUCAGACAAGUGCAGCUGCUGUGCCUGACGCGGGGGAGAGCCUGCUCCCCAUGAGAACAGAGCAGCGUGAAUCAGCCUGUAUUGUAAGAAUAUUUUAGUGCACACCAACCUGUUUUCUACAUUACAGUUUGUAUGAAAUAGUGAAUCAUAAUAAAUGUUGACUAUAAAAAAAAAAAAAGAGUAAGGACAUUGUGAUCUUGCAAUUUUCACCAGCAAAGUCUGUGACAGCAAUGUGUUGGGGUUCUACUUAAAUAAAUGUGAGCAUUUUAAUCAAAAUUAUACUGACCUUGAUCAAUUUUCAUAGGGAAAGGAUAUUUUGAAUAUAGUCUAUUAUGACAUUUUAAUCCCUUUAUCUGUUUAUUCUUCAUUGCCAUUAAAGAUAGUUAAUUUUC